CUCACGACCGGAAUACGGACUUGGUGUGCGACGUAGGCGGCCUCUGACUGCCAUACCACCUCGCGAUCCCUACUCCGGACCCGAUCCUUUGCGCGCUCGAACCAUGGGUAUCCACAAUCCGCUUCCGUCGUCUCUGGCGUCGGAAUGCAAGAAGUGUGGCAAGAUUCUGUCCUCGUUCAUCGACCCCCGACAAGCGUUUGGCCCCGACAAGGUCAUCCCGCCGUCGGUCCUCGCCAGCGCCAAGGGCCUUGCAAUCCUCACAGUAAUCAAAGCCGGCUUCCUUGGCUCCGCCCGCUUCGGCAGCGGUCUCGUCGUCGCGCGCCUCCACGACGGUUCCUGGAGCGCCCCCUCGGCAAUCGCGACCGGCGGUGCCGGCUUCGGCGGGCAGAUUGGCUUUGAGCUGACCGACUUCGUCUUCAUCCUCAACGACUCGAGCGCCGUCAAGACCUUCUCGCAAGCCGGCUCCCUCACGCUCGGCGGGAACGUGUCAGUCGCCGCGGGCCCCGUCGGCAGGAACGCCGAAGCCGCGGGCGCCGCCUCGCUGCGCAGCGUGGCCGCCGUCUUCAGUUACUCCAAGACCAAGGGCCUGUUCGCGGGCGUCUCGCUCGAAGGGUCGGUCAUCAUCGAGCGCAGGGAUGCUAACGCCAAGCUGUACGGCCGCCCGGUCACGGCGCGCGAGCUGCUCUCCGGCGGCGAGCGGCCCCCGCCGCAGGCCGCGCCGCUCCUGAGCAUCCUCAAUUCACGCAUCUUCAAUGGCCUGUCGGCGGGCACCAUUGACGACAGGAUGUACAACGACAUACCAAUCUACGACGACCACCGCGACGAGGUCAUCUGGGGCAACCGGACCGGGCCGGGGUACAGGGAGGGACAGUCGCGAGACGAGGGCUACGUCAGCGGCGGGCCGGCGCACGACGAGUUCGGCCGGCCGAAGCGGUCGACAACCUGGCAGGACGACGUCUAUGAUCAGCCGAGGUCGUUUGGGCAGGGUUCGAGGUCGAAUACCUUCAACGACACCUACGGCGGGACAGGCGCGGCUGGCGACGGCACGGAGAAGAAGGUGGGACCCGGACGGCCGGCAGCACCGAAACCGAAUUAUGCCAGCAAGGAGGCCAUGCUCAAGAAGAACGAGGCCAUCGCGCUCUACAACUUCGAGCCGGACCAGCCGGGCGAUCUCGGGUUCAAGAAGGGCGAUAUCAUCACCGUGCUGAAGAAGACGGACAGCGACAACGACUGGUGGACGGGCAUGAUUGGCACAAGGCACGGGAUAUUCCCGAGCAACUACGUCAAGAUGAAGGAGUGAUGGAGGGGGUGGCAUACCGAUUGGAUUUCUUUGCACGGAGGUAAAUGACCAAGGGGAAACGGCCCCUGACACGCAGAUGCAUUCAGUCAUCGGAACGGGUGGUCCUGCGCAAGGAGCUUCGCUUGACGACCUUCCUUUCUAUGACGACU